AUGAAGUCCAGCGCAGUCCUCCCUGUCCUGGCCGCCCUGGGAGCAGCAUGGCAGCACGAGGCAAAACCCGAGGCCGCCAGGCUGAUGCACCUGGUCGUGCGCCAGGAAACCAUCAUCGCCACGACGACCUCGACGCCGACGGGGGCGGUGGUGACGCAGGCCCCCGCGCUCUCGUGCAUCAGCUCGUACAUCGACCACCUCGCCAGCGUCGCCUCGGCCGCCGCCACGGGCAUGCCGACGCUGCCGGCGCCCGUCGAAUCCUUCUACGAGGAGCUGCACCGCACCGCCACGACCGACUACGUGUGCGCCGUGGCCCGCGCCAGCGUCCCGCCCGAGGUCUUGUCGCAGGAGGCGGCCUACUACUCGAGCGUCGCCGAGCACCUCGACGGCAGCGUCUGGGCCAGCCCCCCGCCCCAGUGCGGCGACCUCUGGACCCGCGUCCUGACCGAGGUGUUGGAGACCAUCAGCUCCCUGGCCAGCUCGUGCAGCAGCGGUGCCACCGCCACCGGCGCCUCGGCCACGCACGCCACCAACGCGACCUCUGCUGGGGGUGCCACCUCCACCGCCGCUAUCCCUGCCCCCACGGCCGCUGCGGGGAGGAGUGGUGUUUCUGCGAGCCUUGCAAUCGGCGCCGCGGCGGUAUUUGGCUACUUUGAAUUGGCGUGA